CAGCGUGGCGCCAUAACCCAGUCACAGGAAGUAGAAAUCUGUAAACACAUCGUGGCUGAUCUGCGUAUUGCAGAUUUUGUAUGUGCAGUACUGUGUACUUUUUUCCCUCCAUUUUACCGACUGGUCUCAAAAUCUGUUACGAGGAGUAAUAUUAAUUGUGUGUUUUUGUUAAUGUAUUUGUAGUCUUUAAAACGGAAUCCCAGUUAAGAGUUAACCAUGUUAAAUGUUGGUUUGUUGCGUUAUGUCUGCAAAUCCAGGGUAGGUGCGGGUCGACUCGACACACUUACUAUUUUCUUACCUCGCUGCCUCACUGACUAUACUAAGGUGACGCCGGUAAAGAGACUGAAACCCGAGGAAAAUGAGGCACCGCUUUCCCCUCCGCUUAGCCCGGAGCAGCUGGACCGAAUCGAGAGGAACAAACGCGCGGCUCUGGAGAGGCUAGCGGCCAGGAACGUCCCUGAGGGCUUCGGAGUCAGCUGGCGGAAGGCUCUGAGCGCAGAGUUUGGCAAACCUUAUUUUAUCAGGUUAAUGGCGUUUGUAGCAGCGGAGCAAAGACGUCAUACCAUCUAUCCUCCCCAGAAACAGAUCUUUAGCUGGACUCAAGUGUGUGACAUCCAAGACGUUAAAGUUGUGAUCUUGGGCCAAGAUCCGUACCACGGUCCCAAUCAAGCACAUGGCUUGUGUUUCAGUGUACAGAAGCCGGUCCCGCCUCCACCCAGCCUGGAAAACAUGUACAAGGAACUGGCUGCAGAUAUUGAAGGGUUUGAGCACCCAGGGCACGGGGACCUGACCGGAUGGGCCAAACAAGGUGUCCUACUCCUCAAUGCGGUGCUGACAGUGCGUGCACACCAGGCCAAUUCACACAAGGACCGGGGCUGGGAGCAGUUCACUGACUCUGUGGUGCAGUGGCUGAACAAAAACCAGGAAGGCCUGGUCUUCAUGCUGUGGGGGGCUUACGCACAGAAGAAGGGCUUCUCCAUUGACAGGAAGCGACACCAUGUGCUGCAGGCAGUGCACCCCUCCCCUCUCUCUGCCCACAGAGGAUUCUUCGGCUGCAAGCACUUCUCCAAGACUAACGAGCGGCUCCAGAAAUCAGGGAAGAAGCCCAUCGACUGGACAGCACUGUGAGCUCCAGGAAAGCAAGUUCCAGCCUCUCAGCCCUUUGACUAGCACGGCACCCGCAGAAUAAGCUAAAGAAGAAAACAACCCCAGUUCAUGAUUUAAAAGAAGUAUUCACAUACGAGUCACAUUCCUUGUUUUAUUAAGACUUAAGAUAAGCCUCUGUCAAUGCAAGCGGUCUAGUCAAGUUGUUCGUACUCUGCUGUACUUUAUUUAUAAAAGACUAUGAUGGUCCUAGACUAUAACCACUAAGCAAAAGCGCCUCAUUAAGUUGUUGGUAGGUUUUCCCAGGUGUGUUGUACUAAGAUAAGGAGGAGGGAGGCUGGUCAGAUAGUGAAACUCCUUUGUACAUUUAUUGUAAAAUUGUAUAUACACAUUUAUUUCAUUGCAUGUUUUGUUUGUUGGUUUAAUGCAAUGUUUUUGCAUGGCAAGUCAUUUGAAUGGGGAGGGUGAAUGAAUGGUAUGUUUUAAUUUGUACAUGUUUUAAAUAAAUAUUUUUCUAUGGUG